AAAAAUAGAUAUUUAUAUUUGAUUGCAUGAGCAGAAAAGAAUAAGACAUAAAAAGAUUGAUUGCUUCACAAGUAAAAAUGUUAUUUAGAUUUCUUUUAGUGCCAUAUUGGAACAAAACAACUACAUUUUGACAUGAAGAGAUAUGUAUCUCAUAGAAGUGAUAAUGGUUCAUACAUACUCAAUUUAGAGGAAACAUGGUAGCAUAUAAAAUUGGCUGCUAGAAUUAUUGCAGCAAUUGAUUAACCUUAAGAUGUUAUGGUAUGAUAAACAUGAGUAAUUCAGGUUGUUUCAUCAAGACCAAUUGGUUAAAGAGCAGUCAUAAAAUUUGCUCACUAUACAUAAGCCAGUUCAACUAGAUCAGCAAGAUGGACUCCAGGUACAUUGACAAAUCAAUCUAACAGUGCUAGUGGUAAAUUCUAAGAACCAUAAUUGUUGAUUGUAACAGAUCCACAUUUAGUAAUAAUAUUUGAAUAAAUAUUUUAUAGGAUAGAUAAGCAAUUGUUGAAGCUUCAUACGUUAACAUUCCAGUUAUUGCUUUAUGUAACUCUGAUACUCCAUUAUAAUAUGUUGACAUUCCAAUUCCAGUCGGAAAUAGAGAAACUAAAUCUAUUUCAAUGAUUUAUUGGUUAUUGGCUAGAGAAGUCAAAAUUUUAAGAGGAGAAUUAGGAUAAAGUAUAUAUUAAUAAUAUUAUAUUUUAUUAGAUGAAGAAUGGGAUGUUUUGGUUGAUUUGUUUUAUCACAAGGAAAUUACAAAUGAUUAAUUGGGUGUUACAGACAAUUUAGUCAAAUAAGAAGCUGAAGGCGAAGAUCACGAAUAAUAAGUUGAUGGUGAAAAGGCAGAUAAAGAUUGGUGAUAAAAUAUAUUAAUAUUAUGUAAAGUACAUGUACAAGGAAUGUGUUU